AUGUUGCGAAAUCUGUCCACGCCCGCAGUUAGAUCGUACCGGCAAAUCUUCGGGAUAACAAGACAUAGCCCUGGGAAACCGCGAUUGAAUCUUGUCAAUUCCUCGAAGCGCGUUUAUUCAGUCGACACAUCCCAUGUAUCCCAUCCUCGCUCAAGGUCAUCGGGAUGGUUUAGGCCUCUCGUCGCUGCUUCUAUUGCGUCCACCAUCACAGGCUGUCUGAUCUUUUCCAUUGGAGACUCACCCUCUGAGAAUACGUACCAGCGGAAACCACAUUAUGCCACGCUUGAGGAAAUGGAGAUGGCCAUCAAAGAAAUCCAUCGGGAGCUCGGGGAAGAUAGUAUCAGCACAGAUGAUGAAGACCUGAAAAUGCACGGCUAUUCAGAAUGGUCUUCAAUUAACAUCGAUCGUCUUCCUGUGGCUGUUGCGUUUCCCAAAUCCACCGAGGAGGUUGCUGCUAUCGCACGAGUUUGCCACAAAUACAAAGUGCCUAUGAUCCCGUAUUCGGGCGGAUCGAGCGUCGAAGGCCACUUUUCAGCCCCAUUUGGGGGAAUCAAUGUUGACUUUAUGAACAUGAGCGACAUUGUCGCAUUUCACCCAGAAGAUAUGGACAUUGUUGUGCAGCCCUCUGUGUCAUGGAUGGAUUUGAAUGAGACCAUCAAAUCUAGUGGACUAUUCUUCCCAGUUGAUCCUGGUCCACCGGUAUGUGGUUUUAUAAGUGUCAUAAAUACAGAACAGCUUCUCAUUACAGUUAUGCAGGCAAAAAUCGGUGGAAUGAUUGCAACAAAUUGCAGUGGAACGAAUGCCGUCAGGUACGGCACCAUGAAAGACUGGAUAGUCAAUCUGACAAUUGUUCUUCCCGAUGGAAGGAUAAUCAAGACACGAAAAAGACCACGCAAAUCUUCAGCCGGUUAUAAUCUGAACGGUUUAUUCACAGGCUCAGAAGGGACACUUGGGUUUGUCACCGAGGCUACGUUGAAGCUAGCGUCUAUACCACAGAAGACUGGCGUUGGUGUGGCAACAUUUCCAACGAUGAGAGAUGCCGCCAACGCCGCUACACAAAUUGUCCGCCAGGGCAUACCUGUCGGAGCUGUCGAGAUCUUGGAUGAUGUUCAAAUGGAUGUUAUCAAUAAGAUGGGAGCGACUGGUAGAGUGUGGAAAGAAUUGCCGACUCUCUUCUUCAAAUUUAGUGGUACCAACGUAGGUGUCCAUGACAAUAUUGAUGAUGUUCGCAAGAUCGUCUACGAUAAUCAAGGGAGUGAUCUUGAAGUUGAGAAAGACCCAGCAAAGCAGGCAGUGCUUUGGUCUGCUCGAAAGGAAGCUUUGUGGAGUAUGCUUUGCAUGAGAGAAUCUGGACAUGAGGUUUGGUCUACUGAUGUGGCUGUACCCUUAUCCCGACUUCCAGAUCUUGUUGAAAUAUCGAAGCAUGAUCUUGAAAGUUUGGGCUUGUUUGGCAGUAUGCUCGGCCAUGUUGGCGAUGGAAACUUCCACGAGACUAUCUUGUUUAAUGGCGCCACGGAGCGUGAUCUGGUGUCCAAGUGUGUUCACGAUAUGGUCCAUCGCGCAAUUCAGAUGGAGGGUACAUGUACAGGCGAGCACGGCAUUGGGCUAGGCAAGAAAGAGUUCAUGGAGCAGGAAGUCGGGGAAGGGAGUUUGUCUGUGAUGCGUGGGAUCAAGUUGUCUGUUGAUCCUUUCUGGUUGAUGAACCCUGGGAAGAUCUUUGACCCUCAGGAAAUUUAG